AUGAAGUCCUCCGGCGCCCGCCUCCGCCUGCUCGUGGCGGCUCUGACCCUGCUCUUUGUGGCCUCCACCGCUCAAGCGCCUGGCCCAGCUCCCGUCAAGCCCCCCACCGUAGCUCCUACCCCCGCUCCCACUGUCGCGCCCCCGACCCCGGCUCCCGCUCCCGGCCCCGCACCGUCCCCCAGCGUCCCUGUCCCCGCACCGUCGGCCCCGGCGCCGUCCCCCAACGUCCCUGUCCCCGCCCCCGUGGCCCCGGCGCCGUCGCCUAAGGCGCCCACCCCGGCACCAGAGGCGCCCGCCUCCUCCCCUCCCGCUCCCCCUCCAGCCAGCCAGACGCCGACCGAGGCGCCGAGCCCGCCGUCCACCAGCGGGGCCGCUGAGCUCUGCUCUGCGGCCUGGGUCUCCGCCGCCGUGGCCGUCGCCACCGUUGCGUAUGCGUUCUAA